GAUUGCCAGUUUAAUAGAUUCACUAUCAAACAAAGUUAUAUUUUAUUAAGUACCAAAUGUGUAUGAUGUACUUCUGUGGAUGUAAACAAUAUUUUCAGUUCUGAGACUUAUGUUCUUUUUCUUUUUUUGUUCAUUAAUAGGCAUGUUCCAUAUCGUUUCUUUUUUGGAAACAAAUGAGGCGGAAGUGGUGCCCAGCGGUUGGGUAGAUGGUGACCAAUGUGUCUGGCCACACCUAAGAGGGGAGAGCCUCACAAAGGCUGUGAAACUUGCAAGGAAACCCAAGAAAGAGUGGAAAAUCUUUAAAGUAAAGCUUCUCUACACAACAGGCAACUAUGAUGAUGCCAGGAAAAAGCUCCCUGAAGCAGAACUCUUCUCUGACAUUCAAUCUGAUACAGAGAGUGGGGCUAAAAAACCUAGACGAAUUAUGAAGAGCUUUAGACUUCAAAACUUUAAACUUUUGAGUGACGAUGAUGAUGAUGAUAAUGAAGGGCAAAAUUUGAAAGGCCUGGAACCACCGCCUCAUAUUAAGCCACCAGCAUUUCAAACAUUUAGUCAGUCAACUCAAAGCCCCUCUUCAGCAAGACAGCAACCUCCUCUCUGCCAGACAUCUAGUCAGCCACCAGAAAGUGACCAAUCCCCUUUCUACCAGCCAGCUAGUCAGCCACCAGCAUGUGACCUAUCACCUCUUUACCAGCCAGCAAGUCAGCGACCAGCAAGUGACCAAUCCAUUUUUUACCAGCCAGCUAGUCAGCCACCAGCAAGUGACCAAUCCCCUUUCUACCAGCCAGCUAGUCAGCAGCCAGCACGGAGCCAAAAACCUCUCCAACAGCUAUCUAGUCAGCCAUUGCCAAAUCACCAACCAUCUCUCUUCCAGCCAAAUAGCCAGUCAAGUUUAGAUUACUUGCAGCCAGCAGGCUCAGAAUCUGGCAUAAGGAGAAACCAACCACUACAAAUUUUGCUAAGGGAGAUCUUGACAAAACAAGAAAUGAUUCUAGACCAGCAAAAUACAAUUAUGAGAAUCCUACAGUCAACACAUCGCCCAAGGCCUGAUGUCCAUGAUGGGGCCAAGUUCAGAGAUCAUCUUCCUGUCAAAGAUGUAGAGUCUCUCCAGUGCCUGGAGGCUGAGCUGAAGAUGAAUCCUGAUUCUAAAGCAGAAUUGGUAAGAACAUCUAGUUUACACCCUGUUUAUGUUCACUUGAGACACAACCAACUGGUUACAUGAAUACAGUAAUUUGGUCAA